CUCUUCCUCCUGCUUCCUUCCCAGUCUCCUCUCCAGCUUCUCCUCCAGCUCAGCUUUACCCUUCCUUGGGUGGGGCAGGGAACCUGAAACCUCCCCUUUUCCUGGGAACCACCCUGUUACAGUUUCACUGGGACCUGAGUGGUAUUAGGGGAAUCGAUGUUUAGGAUUGUGGGUUACCUGGAUGGCGUGUGACAGGGGCCCGUGUGUCCCCCCUAGUGCAUUUAUUAGUGAGUAUGUCCCAGUGCAGUGGCUCUUCUCUGCGACUGAGGGUGACUGAAGGACAGGCCUUCUGGCCAAUGAGAGCUCCACCGUGCACCUGAAGACAGAGUACUUACUGGCGGUGCUUGUGCUGCUAGGUGCUUUGACCCUAGGAACCUUUCAUCCAUCUACGCAUUGAAACCUGUGCCCACUUCUCCCAAUUCUUCACUUCCGUGUAGAAUACCAGGCCAUGGUGGUUGUGUGGUGCAACCCCACGGUCCUACAGCUGAGGGACUUGAGGCUCAGCGAGAGGCAACGAUGCACCUAAGGUCCCACAGCAGAAAGGCCCCUGGUGAGUGUUCAUAGCACACUGGAUGGGUAAAAUCUGAAUAGGUAUUGCUGUGUCACAAUGAGCUUCAUCAGUCUCACCUACUCCAAGCACCCCCCACUAGGCCCUGGCGAAGUCCUCCAACAAGGGGGUUUCUGCUUGAGGAGCUGCUUCCUGUUUGGGGCUGAGCACUUCCUUUAAGUGACUCACAGGUUCCCACUGGCCCCGUGCUCAGCAACCACCGAGGGGGUGGAGGCAGACUCAGAUUUUGACACCCCUGCAUGAGACUCCAGCUGAGUAACCCUAAGAUUGAGCAUGCCAGAGACAGAAGCUAUCCCGGUGAAGUGACAUCACCACCUCGUGGACGGGACAUCCCCUGGAGCAAGCUCACAGCCACAGGUACCUUCUUCCAGGACCAGCAAGGGGCCUCCAUGGGCGCCUGAGGGCCAGGCGCCAGGGCGGCGGGCAAGAGCAUGGUGAGACACCAGCCCCUGCAGUACUAUGAGCCACAGCUGUGCCUCUCCUGCCUCACGGGCAUCUACGGCUGCCGCUGGAAACGCUACCAGCGCUCCCACGAUGACACCACACCGUGGGAACGCCUCUGGUUCCUGCUCCUCACCUUCACCUUCGGCCUCAUACUCACCUGGCUCUACUUCUGGUGGGAAGUCCACAAUGACUACGAUGAAUUCAACUGGUACCUCUACAAUCGCAUGGACUACUGGAGCGACUGGUCUGUGCCCAUCCUCCUGACCACGGCUGUCGCCUUUACCUAUAUUGCAGUCCUCCUGAUCUUGGCACUAUGUCACAUUGCUGUGGGACAGCAGAUGAACCUGCACUGGCUGCACAAGAUUGGGCUGGUGGUCAUCCUGGUGGCCACGGUGGUGGCCAUGUCGGCAGUGGCUCAGCUGUGGGAGGACGAGUGGGAGGUGCUGCUGAUCUCUCUGAGGGGCACAGCACCAUUCCUGCACAUGGCAGCCCUGGUCACCAUCACCGCGCUCUCCUGGAUCAUAGCAGGACAGUUCGCCCGCAUGGAGAGGUCCUCCUCCCAGAUGGCCAUUCUCUGUACCUUCCUCGCUGUGCUGUUUGCCCUCUACCUGGCCCCUCUCUCCUUCUCCUCUCCCUGCAUCAUGGAGAAAAAGGACCUGGGCCCCAAGCCCACCCUCAUCGGCCACCGUGGGGCCCCCAUGCUAGCCCCAGAGCACACACUGAUGUCCUUUCGGAAGGCCCUAGAGCAGAAGUUGUAUGGGCUCCAGGCUGACGUCACUAUCAGCCUGGACGGCGUGCCUUUCCUCAUGCACGAUGUCACUCUGCGGCGCACCACCAACGUGGAGGAGGAGUUCCCGGAGCUGGCGCGCAGGCCUGCCUCCAUGUUCAACUGGACCAUCCUGCAGAGGCUCAACGCCGGCCAGUGGUUCCUGAAGACCGACCCCUUCUGGACGGCCAGCUCCCUGUCACCCUCCGACCACAGGGAGGCCCAGAACCAGUCCAUCUGCAGCCUAGCAGAGCUUCUGGAGCUGGCCAAGGGCAAUGCCACACUGCUGCUCAACCUGCGUGACCCGCCACGGGAACACCCCUUCCGCGGCAGCUUCCUCAACAUCACGCUGGAGGCCUUGCUGCACUCAGGCUUCCCCCAGCACCAGGUCAUGUGGCUGCCUAGCAGGCAGAGGCCCUUUGUGCGGAAGGUGGCUCCCGGCUUCCAGCAGACCUCAGGCUCCAAGGAGGCGGCCGCCAGCCUGCGGAGAGGCCACAUCCAGUGGCUGAACCUGCGCUACACUCAGGUGUCGCGCCAGGAGCUCAGGGACUAUGCAUCCUGGAACCUGAGUGUGAACCUGUACACGGUCAACACGCCGUGGCUCUUCUCCCUGCUGUGGUGCGCGGGGGUCCGGUCCGUCACCUCCGACAACUCCCAUGUCCUAUCCCAGGUGCCUUCUCCCCUCUGGAUCCUGCCCCCGGACGAGUACUGUCUCAUGUGGGUCACCGCCGACCUGAUCUCCUUCACCCUCAUCGUUGGCAUCUUCGUGUUCCAGAAGUGGCGCCUGGGUGGCAUACGGAGCUACAACCCUGAGCAGAUCAUGCUGAGCGCCGCCGUGCGCCGGACCAGCCGGGACGUCAGCAUCAUGAAGGAGAAGCUCAUCUUCUCAGAGAUCAGCGAUGGCAUGGAGGUCUCUGAUGAGCUCUCCGCAUGUUCAGACAACAGUUACGACAUGUACGCCAAUAGCACCACCGCCGCCAUGGGCCCCCGAAGGAGUGGUGCCAAGACCCUCACAGAUCGAAGUGGGCCUUAGCUGAAGAUGUGUCUGUCUGUACCUGACAUGGAAACUGGGAACCCAGGAGAGCUGGCAGAAGUGCCUGGACUCGGAGUGCUCUGGGAGUUGGCUCCACGGCCUCCUCACGGGCUCCAGCCCCUUGUCAGCCGUGGCCUCUCUUGAAGAGGCUCUCCGCCCCAACGCCCAGCUGGGCCAGGACUCCAGUCCCUCAGAUGCCCCUGCAGGCCUGGGACUCCUUCUGAGAAGUAUAGCCGGGGCCAGGCUCUCCCACACUGACCUGGAAGCUGUGAUGGGUCACUGGGCCCCACCGGCCCCUGUGGCAGUGGAGGUGUGGACGCCCUCCUGUGUCUGUCUUCCUGUCCAUGCUGUGAGGCAACUGGCUUCUCCAUUUUUAUCCAGCCUCCAGGGUCUGGGCUGGGUCUCUGCCCCCAGAAACCCUGCUCUUCACGUCAGUCUCAAAGCACAAGGAGCUCUGGCCCAGGAGGGAAGCCGCCUCGGUGGUGGGGACACUCCUCCCCAACCAGCCUCUCACUGCUGCUGGCCCCUGCCCCAGGAGAGAGCCUGAGCCAUGUCCCCUGGGAGCAACUCAGGGCUGCCCCGUCUCAUGCCCAAGUGUCCAGCAGGGCUCUAGGGCAGAGUGGCCCAGAAGCCUGCCAAUUCACAGACUGACACAACCUCAGGUUCCCAUGACGGUGGCCACAGGGCAGUGGGCAUGGGGUUGGCACCACCUGGGAGAAGUGUUCUGGCUGGUCAAGGGUGGGCAUGUGGAGGGAGCCUGACGGGCCUUGAUCAAAGUGAUUAAAGCUGCCAUCUUGACCUGUGUCAUCCCUGAAUUGUCAGUGGGAGGUUGGGGACAGCUUGCUGCAUUGGGAUUCUGCUUCGAGAUAAACCCAGACCGCUUUAAGAAACCAUCCUCAGAAACGAAUGGAAGGUGGCAGGGAGGGUGGCUGAGUCCCACCCUAAAUCACCAUGGGUGCCUGGAGUUCCUUAACAGCCCCAGGGGCGGGGACCACUCUUCCCACGUUGUGGAGGCAUAGACUGUCCGGGAGAGGUAGAGGACAGCCGAGGCCACGCAGCUUAGAGCAGGCAGAG